AUUUUUGCAUUUUCGUACCCACAACCACUUAGCCACUAAUUAGCCUCCGCUUCUCUGUUUGGACACACACACACACACACACACACACAGAAGCAGCCAUGGCGGCUCUUGCGAAACUUGCAAAGAACCUCAUGUUCUCUUCUCAUUUCUCAAGACCCAGCUCCGGUAUUUUGUCAUCGUCAUCGCUACUUCCGAUGCUGUUCAUUUCUUCCAGAGGCAUCGCUUCCAAGCUCUUCGUCGGAGGACUUUCAUUUUAUACCACCGAACAGGGAUUGUCCGAGGCAUUUUCUCAAUAUGGUCAAGUUGUUGAAGCGAAAAUCGUGAUGGACAGAGUAUCAGACCGAUCUAAGGGCUUUGGAUUUGUCACUUAUGCAUCUGAAGAUGAAGCUGAGAAAGCAAUUGCGGAAAUGAAUGGGAAGCCACUUAAUGGGCGAGUUGUUUUUGUGGACUAUGCUAAGCCCAGAUCGGGAUCAGGUAGUGGCAUGCCCAUAGCUAGAGGACCGCCUGAACCGGUACCAGCACCAGCACCAGAAAAUUGAUUUCUUGAUCGCUCCUUAUGUCGAGUGAAAAAUAUCAGAUACCAGGAGAAUGGGAAAGUUGGAUGUCACGAUGUAAAGUGGCAGUUGGCGGAAAAUGGUAGAUCAUACAUGUUGAUGCGCUUCAUAUUCUUUACUAUUACAUGAUUAGCAUGAACCCAUUGAUAUCAACUAAAUGUUAAAAUCAAUAUCUGUAGAUUUAUAAAAACAGAGUCCAGAAUAGAUAAUUAUUGACAAUUCAAAUAUAGUUUUUUCUUUGAACUGUUAACUUAGCA